GCGGAGUCAGAGAGCAGGUGCACUGGGGAUGUGGAGCCCGUGAGACCCCCAUAAACCGAAGCCGGGACCACCAGGGAAGGUUUCCAGGAGCAUUGACUGCUGAAGCAAGACAUGAGCUCCACCAAGCAAUGGGAUAUUAGCAAGGCCUUGGCUGUUGCCACCUUGUUCCACUUCUUCCACAAUGUUGGAAAGUUUUGCUUGAUGCCCUUUCUAACCCUCUACUUCAGGCAGCUUGGAUUGGGUGCCUCCCUAGUGGGCAUCAUCAUUGGAUUCAAGCAUGCAGUUCAUCUGCUCUGGGCUCCCUUGUGCUCUUUCCUGGCCAAGAGUCACCGCAAACGAAGGUUUUUCAUCAUGGCAUCUCUUCUGCUAUCUGCGGGAGCUGGGGGUCUGUUUGCCUUUUACCCCCCAUUAGAUAAGAACAUUGUGUCCUUGUUCUGCAAUACUAGUAUGCCAUGGAAAGAACAGUUAAACCCACCCAUAGACAUUAGUGUUUUUGUAGAUGAAAAUAUCAGCACAACUUAUGCAACACCUACUAAUCACCAGACCACAAAUGGGGAGUUUAAUACCUUCCCAAGUUCUGUUGCAGAGGUGGCCAUAGACACCACAAUGGCUUCUUCACUUGACAUGAAGACCACAACACAUCAGCGUUUUACAGAUCAGUUUCCAAGCUCAUCUCCUCUGACAAGGAAUAAAAGACUGGAGCAUCAGACCAGGAAGGUUCUUGGUUCUGGAAAGGCACAAAAAGCUAACAGCAGUAAAUCCUCAGCAUCCAAUAGUAAGCAGAGAAGUUCUCUGAACAACCAAACCGCACCCUUUGCAACUCACCCCAAUGUCUCCCACCGCCCAUCUAUUCAUGAAAGAAAAGUCAGGGACAUUUCCAUUGAUUUUACUGACAGUUUCCUUGAUCCCAAACACAAAAUCUUCCUAAUCGUGUUGGCUAUGGUCAUUAUCUGGGAAAUCCUGGCAGCCCCAUUAGAGUGGAUAGCUGACGACAGCUUAUAUGAAUACCUGGAUUUUGUGGACGCCACAGACAGACAUGGCAAACUUUGGAUCUGGGGGUACCUAGGAGCUAGCAUGGGCUCUAUUUUCAUAACUUUCCUAAUAGACAACCUCAACUGCUUUGUCAUCUUCGAUAUCCCCAGAGUUUCCUUCCAUUUCUUCUGCUAUGGUGGCUUCCUUAUCAGCACCUUCUUUCUGAGCACCCUCUAUCCAGUUCAUGUUUCCAAGAAAACCGAACACUCCAACAAAACUGUCAAAGCCCUGGGAUUUCUUGGAAGUGAUGGGCGCAUUGUUCUAACAGCCCUUACUGUAUUUGUUUUGGGGGCUGUAGGCUCCACCAUUCAAAAUUUCCUCUUCUGGCAAAUGCAAGAUAUAGGCAGUAAUGAGUUGUACAUGGGACUUUCUAUUGCUGCCGGACUACUCUCCGAACUGGCACUGUACUUUUUCAGGAACAAGCUUCUGAAGACUUUGACCUUUAAAUGGAUGGUAGUUCUGGGGUUACUUAGUCUCGGGAUCCAGUUUUUGUAUUAUUCCUUUCUGUGGACACCCUGGUCUGUAGUGGCCAUUCAGAUCCUCAAUGCUUUUAGCAGUGGAGUAAUCUGGUGGGCAAUUAACUCACAAGUGGUCGAUGUGGCUAGCCCUGGCACUGAGAGAUCUCUACAGCUGACACUACGGUGGCUCGCAUAUGGCUGCGGAUCUAGUGCAGGAAGUUUUGCAAGUGGCUUCAUCAUUAGCAGAUUCAGCCUUGCGGUGCUAUAUCAGGCCUGCUGCAUCACCUUACUCACAUGGAUUGUCAUAUUUCUCUUAGUACAACCCAAACUACCUAAUAUCAAGAAAAUAAACUACUCCCGGCUGCUAGCUGCAGAUAACAGCGAUAUGAGCGACUCUGAUGAAGAACAAGACCGGGACUGGCUAGUAACGGCCAUGAAAGAUGAGAAUUCCAAUAGGAAAUGGUAGCCCAUUGGAGAAUAAAAGGUGUUGGGGUGGGGCAGGCAGAACUUAACAAUCAGACUGUGACAUUCCAGAAUGUUGGAAAUGUAUAUGUAAAUAUGUUAGUUAUUGUCUUCCAUUGGAUAAACCAUAUUUUACUAUAA